AUGUCUACUUGCUCAUGGUCUCGACAUGCUCAAUUUCGAAGUGAUUCAAACUUAUCAGCUGAAGUCAAUCGAUACCUUGAGAGUAGGAUCAGAAAACAACCCAUUCAAGUCAAUGCAGUAGUAGGGCCUAGUGGACCAAAUUCAUUAUAUCUACAGGAUCAAAGUCUUCAGCCUGAUCAUUCUGAUCUCCAACUGCAAGAAAUUAACCACAAUCUCCGGUACAUGACUAACCUCGCUCAACUUGAGCAACUACAAACAAUAAUGACAUUCAUCAACACAAUUAGGGAGGCUUCUUUGGACAACGAGAUUGCCAGUGGCAUGGCAGAUUUCACCUCUUGA